GGAAUAAGCCUCCCGCACCUGGGGACCCGGCUCAGGGUUGAGAAGGGAAGGGAAGGUGUCUGGUGGGAAGUCUAUGUGAACAUAACACAUAACAAGAAAAUGUUGGGCAAAGAACAAGACGCGAUCGUCUAUCGCUAUCGACUAUCGCCUAUCGAUAGGUGUGUUCUGGCCGGGCUUGGGGGCUCCAUGUGGAGAGAGACAAUGAACUCCAAACUUACUCACUCCUCUCUCGAAUGCUUCAAGGCCUCACACCCAUCUGGCCAAGUCCGAUCAUCCAGAAAUGGAGUGGCAAUCCAAUCGAGGCUCCCACCGAACCUGUUUCGAUGCCAAUGUAUUACCGCAACAAUGCAUCACGUGAUGGUUAUCCACGGGAGGAGUGAUCCGGAGCAUUGCGUCAUCGAGAGCGAUCCAAUCAUCGAGGAGAUGUGUCACCCAACGUUCCGAGAGAUUCCCCCUGAAACCAGCAGAACAGGUUGGAAUUGGAGCCGGAGAUGGGAGGGGAGGGGGGGAGACAUCGGGAGAGAAUACUUGCUUGAACCAAUCCGGAGCCUUGGGAAGAGGGCCGUCAGUGAGCCAUUCAUGGCGAUUCAUGUCACCCUCGACUACAGUCUCGACCACUGAGUCGCUGCAGAUCCUGACCGCCCCGCAGCCGGACAAACAUGGCGUCCGAACCAUGAUUCGUUCAGAUUCGUCCAGACGGGCGGGGGCUCAGAAACGGGCCCGUGAGUGGCUGGACUAAGUGGGGGCUUUCUUAGUUCGACAUCCCAGGAAAAUUCC